CCAGUGUCUCGCUUCCAGAGGCGUUCCCCUCUCUUCCCUCUGCCCUGGCUACCCAUUUCAAGCUGCCUCUUUGAUUUCACAACCCGGCAGACAGAAACGACUUGGAAAUUGCCAAUCCAAAGGCCGGCUGGGCCUUGUAAAAGUUGGAAGGGCUGCGGAGGAGAACGUUCCUCUGCUGCCAGGCAGGGUGACCCGAGGUGGCUGCCCCGAGGUUACAGGGUCCCGGUGCCUCCAAAUGGGUGUGGGAGCAAGGGAGGAGAACUGAGCCUCACUGAAGCAAAGCCCCUGGGAGCCAGGCUUGCUCCUGGAUCUCAUUUUUCACAUGUCGGCCGCACUCUCAACCACCAGCCCUGUCAGAGGAAAGGAGGCGCUUCCUGUUAUUCCGAUUCAAAUCUCAAGCUGGUCAGGAGGAAGCAGGCAGCUGUGCUGAGAGUGGCAGGGUGUACCAAGAUGGAUGGCCGGUGUCUGCCCUUGCUGCUGCUUCUGGUGGUCUUUACAGUGGCCAUCAGGCUCGAUGCUUAUAAUGGGACCACAGAAGCUCCUGGCAACGCCAGCAUCUCUCUCGAAGGAAGACCAAACGCUACAUUUCUGGGCCCCGAAAUGAAGCUGAGCUUGGACGAUGUUUACAGUAUCCUCGUGGCAGAUUGCUGGAGAGACUUUGAGAAGCAGAUGGCCAACAUCACAGAGGAGCACUGGUGUGAGUGGAUGGUCAUUAGAAGGCCAUACAAUGAAUUGCGGGGGUGCCUGGAAAGAUGGGCAGAACGCCUGAAGUACGGUUACCCCAACACCUUGGCUCACAACUACAUCACGUAUGGCCACAGGAUGUACUUCCUCAACUGCAGCGUGCGCAACGCCCUGCAGGACCCCCCGGAUGACAUUUUGCUGCCUCUGAUCAUCACCCCGAUCUGCCUCAUCCCUUUCUUGGUAACCCUGGUUGUUCUGAAGAGCAAGGAUGGCGAAAUGAAAUUCUGAGUCCCCGGCCUUCGAGCAGCCGGGGUCCACGUGGUCCAGCGGCUUGCAACGCCAUCACAUCCUCCUCUCUUUCUUCCCAUGGGAUUGGGCCCUUCUACUCUGACACCACACCCUGGGAUGAGCCACUGUGCCGGAGGCUGAAUCUGAAGACUUUGAACGGGGAAAGUAUUGGGGCAUUUUACGAGUUGUUGCUAAAGGGAGGAGGCACAGAAAGGCAAACCCCUGAACCUUUUGUCAUUGAAGCAAA